CGGAGACGAAGCAAUGAGUACAGUAACGAACGGGGCCACUUCACCAAGAGCGACUCCAUUACGAUCGGGUGAGAAGCGGUUGACGGAGAAGAGAGGGCAUGCCGAGAACAAUGCCAACGUCGUCCAUGUGCGAGAAGAAGGUUUCGACGUCUACGGGGAGGAGGACGGAAAUGCCCAAAUCAAGUAUCGGACGAUGGUAUGGUGGAAAGCUGCGGCACUCAUGCUGGCGGAAACAGUAUCCUUGGGGAUCCUGUCAAUACCAUCAGUAUUUGCAUCUAUUGGAAUGGUAGCGGGAUGUAUACUCGUGAUUGGCUUGGGAAUCAUCGCAACAGCUACUGGCUACGUCAUCGGGUCUUUCAAGCUGCGGUAUCCCCAUGUGCACAAUAUGGCAGACGCUGGGGAGAUACUCGCAGGCCCGAUAGGUCGCGAGAUCCUCGGUGCUGCACAAGUAAUCUUCAUCAUCUUCCUCUGCGGAAGCCAUGUCUUGACGGGGCUCAUUGCCUUCGAUACCAUCACCAAUGGUGCCUCAUGCUCCGUGGUUUGGGCCGCUGUGACGGCUAUCAUUUGCUUCCUAUUCACGCUACCUCGAACGCUGGAUGGGAUAUCAUACCUCAGCGUCGUAUCCUUUAUUUCCAUCAUCAGCGCGAUCUUCAUUACCAUGAUUGGUGUCGGCGUCGCUGGACACCAGGGAACUGUUGCUGUCACAUCACAUCUCGCUUUUGCCCCGGCAUUCCUUGCCGUCACCGACAUUAUCUUUGCGUACGCGGGCCAUGUUGCAUUCUUCACUUUCAUUGCGGAGAUGAAGGAGCCGGAGGACUUCCCGAAGGCUCUGUAUGCGCUCCAAAUCACUGACACCACACUCUACCUCAUCGUUGGUAUCGUGGUGUAUGCUUACACUGGCGCUAACACCGUGUCCCCUGCCCUUGGCAACACUGGGGUUACGCUGCGCAAAGUUGCGUAUGGAAUCGCGCUCCCCACCAUCAUCAUCGCUGGCGUGAUCAAUGGACACGUUUGCGCCAAGCUCAUAUUCAUCAGGAUAUUCCGCAGGAAAGGUGUCCACUCGAGGCAUAUGACCAGCCAUUCGUGGACAGGCUGGCUCACAUGGGCCGCCAUAUGCACUGCGAUCUGGGCCUUGGCGUUCGUCAUCGCAGAAGUUAUCCCGUUCUUCAAUGAUCUCUUGGGUGUCAUCAGCUCCCUGUUUGCGGCCUGGUUCACAUAUGGCAUCUCGGGUAUCUUCUGGUUCCAUAUGACUCCACGCUCAGAACGGUGGACAACCGCACGCCAGAAGGCGAAUACGAUAUUCUGGUCCGGGAUCAUCCUUAUGGGGGCGUUCAUCAUGGUCGGCGGCCUGUACGCCAGUAUACAAAGCAUUCUGGACGGCUAUCGGAACGGAGGAUUCCCUGGACCGUUCACGUGCGCAAACCAAGGCCUCGUCUAAGAAGAUACGGAGUGAAGUUAGCUUUGCACGAAGGAAUAUGAUUACUGGGACGUUGUGAAGCAAAAGGACCAGUGUGACAGUCUCCAAACGCUGUAUCGAUACCAGCACUUGACGGCUUGUAUUGCAUAACGC